AUGGGUAUAAAGGAAUACAUAAAGAAUAAAUUAGAUUACCAUGGAACCCAAAUUUCAAAGAUAAUUCCAAAUUGUGAUGCUGUUGUUGAUAGUUGUAAAGUUUCUACUGAUAAUACAUGUAAAUUUUGUGGUCAUCUGUACAGUUUCAAAGCCCCAAGAGAAUUUCAUGACAUUUAUUGUUCAGGAAAUUUUCAUUGCAGUAAAUGUAAUUCUUCAUUUGAUAGCAUUCACGAAAGAGAAAAUCAUUUAGGAACUGAACAUUUUAUUUAUUGUCCAUUUGGAUGCACUAAUAUGAAUUUAACUAAAAACAACCUGAACAACCAUUGUAUUGAUAUUCAUGGUCUUGUUGUUUGUAAAUAUUGUGGAAUACAUAUAUCUAGUGUUGAGAAAUGGUUAUAUGAACAUUUGAAACUUAAUCAUAAUUUUAAAACUAUAAUAUCUGACUAUUUUGAAAAUACUUUAUUUACAAUUAUUAAUGAAGAAGUUACUUGUAGUUUAUGUGGUGAUAUAUUAACUAGUUUAAUGGACAACUUGGAAAAAGUAAUUUAUCAUUAUUUAUCUUAUCAUAAAUUAAGUUUGAAUAGUAUUGGCAAUUUAUUAAUACAAAAUCCUUCAAUGGAAUUCAAUCAGACUGUUUGUCAAAUUGAAAAUAUAAAAUUAGAAGCAAAUGAUGUAGAGAUUGAAACACCAAAUAAUGAAGGCUGUCCCAAAAGUCUAGAACAAAAAGAAAAAAAUUGCUUAUGCGACGAGAAAGCAGUUUCUGAUAGUCCGAUGAAAGAAGACCAGACAGAUGAAAAUGAAAUAAAUGAAAACAUAUCUGAAAAAUCAUUUCAAUCUAAUUUUGAUAUGAUUAGCGAUGUUGUUGAUUAUAAAAUAGAUGGUUAUAAUGACAUAAAUUUUUCUGAGGUCCAAUGUAUAUUUUCUGAUACUAGUGAUGAUGCUAUGUCUGAUAAUGAAACUUUAAAUAACAAAGAAAGCCAAAAUAUAGACAAGCAUGAUUGUAGAAAUAAAACAAAUACUUUGUCAGAAAGCAAUAGUUCAAUUGUGCUGAAAUCUCUCUGCAUAAAAUGUGAAGUAUGCCUUAGUAAUUUUGAUAAAAAAGAUAAAUAUAUAAAACAUUUAGAGAGAUUGCAUGGUUUUAAAUGCAGCAAUAAUAAUGAAUCUGUUUCCGAUAAAGCAGUAAGACUAAAUUCAAAAUAUGUAACAGUAGUGAAAAAAUAUAAAAAUCCAUUAUAUUUAUGUUUGAUAUGUAAGACAGAGACUCGUUCUAAAAUGUUAGCUCGAAAACAUAUACGCUCCCAUGAUUUUUGGAUCUCAGAAAUCUGUGAUAGUUCAGAUAUUGGUUAUAAAUGCUAUUUUUGUAAUGAUUUGUUUUGGACAAUAGAAAAUCGAAAUGUGCAUCAAAUUGAAAAGCAUUUAUCCUUGGAUGAAUCUAUAAAAUUUAUGAAGUGUUAUUUAUGUACAACUAUAUUUAGCAGUAAGACUUGUUUGAAAAGACAUGUGCAAGUUGAACACGAAUCUAAGGAGGAAUUUACAAGUACUUCUUACAAAUGUAUGCAUUGUCAUAUGCUUUAUCCCAAUUUGAAUCAGAUUCGAAAACAUUUCAAGGAUGACCACCCAGGUUCCAAAUCACUGUAUUGCAGUUUUUCUACAUGCCGCACCAAAUGUAGUAGUAAAAAAGUUCUCAAAAAUCAUUUUAAAAAUUUACAUCUCACUCAGAAAUCUUCUCAACCUCAGAAUUGUGAAAUAUGUGGGAAAUUCUUUAAAAACCUUCGCUGUAAACAGUUGCAUGUAAAAAUGAAGCAUUUGAAUAGUAUAAAAACAGGAUUUAAAUGUCGAGUUUGUGAUGAACGGUUCGAAACCGAUGAGAAAAGAAAAGAGCAUAUGGAAGCAUUUCAUCCAGGUGUAGCAACAUUCUUUUGCCAAUAUUGUAACAAAGGUUUCCGAAGCAAAUCUGGAUUAAGUAGCCACAGGCAAACACAUAGUGAUUUAAAUCUGAUUUGCCCGCAUUGUCAAAAAUCAUUUUCACGAAGGGAUUCAUACAUAGAACAUAUGCUGAUACAUAAUGGACCACGUCAUAGAUGUGAUCAAUGUGGAAGGGAGUUUGUACAGAGAUCGAAUCUAGUUCGUCAUAAACGUAUUCAUUCUGGCAUCAAGCCAUAUUUUUGUCAAUAUUGUUAUAGAGGUUUUGCAGACAAAAGUGCUUGUAGCUCUCAUGAAAGAGUUCAUACGCGAGAGGAAGUUUGUGCUUGCCCUUAUUGUAAUCGAACGUUUUCGAAAAAGCAAAAGUUAAAAUACCACAUAAGAAUUCACACGGGGGAAGGUUUAUUAACAUGUACUGUAUGUCAAAAAACUUUCACAAGCUCUUAUUCAAUGAAGAAACAUAUGGAAACCCAUAGUCGUCGAGCCAUUUCCAAUGGCAAAUAA